AUGUUACGCUCCACCGCUGCGGGUAGUACUCGCGCUUUCAGAUCACAAACGGCUGCAUUUUCUUAUGCGUUGCGUUUAUACUCUCAUUUGCCAUUAAAGGUGAAGGUUGACCUACCAAACGGUAUCUCAUAUGAGCAGCCAACUGGUUUGUUCAUUAACAAUCAAUUUGUUCCAUCGAAACAAGGGAAGACCUUUGAAGUCUUGAGUCCUUCCACUGAAGAGGAGAUUACCCACGUUUACGAGGGUCGUGAAGAAGAUGUCGAUGCUGCUGUUGAAGCAGCAGACAAGGCAUUCAAGUCGGGUGUAUGGUCAAGAGUUGAUCCCCUAGUCAGAGCCCAAUGUUUAAAUAAAUUGGCCGACUACAUUGAGAAGGAUGCCGAAACUAUUGCAUCUAUUGAAUCUUUAGAUAAUGGUAAGGCUAUCUCUUCUGCAAAGGGUGAUGUUGCUCUUGUUGUUAACUACCUAAGAUCAGCUGCUGGUUAUGCUGAUAAGAUUGAUGGUAGGUUAAUUGAUACCGGUUCCACUCAUUUCUCAUACACUAGAAGAGAGCCUCUAGGUGUUUGUGGUCAAAUCAUUCCAUGGAACUUCCCACUAUUGAUGUGGGCCUGGAAGAUUGCUCCUGCUUUGGCAACUGGUAACACAGUGGUGUUGAAGACUGCUGAAUCCACUCCAUUGUCUGCAUUGUACGUUUCCCAAUAUAUUCCAAAGGCUGGUAUCCCAGAUGGUGUUGUCAACAUCGUUUCCGGUUUCGGUAAAAUUGUCGGUGAAGCCAUUACAACCCACCCAAAGAUUAAGAAGGUUGCCUUCACUGGUUCUACUGCUACUGGCCGUCAUAUCUAUCAAAAUGCUGGAGUGAAUUUGAAGAAGGUCACUUUGGAAUUAGGUGGUAAGUCUCCAAAUAUCGUUUUUGCCGACGCCAACAUUAAACAAGCUGUUCAAAAUGCUCUAUUGGGUAUUUACUACAACUCUGGUGAAGUUUGCUGUGCCGGUUCUAGAUUGUAUGUUGAAGAAUCCGUAUACGAUGAAUUCCUGAGCGAGAUCAAGGCCGCAUCUGAGGCUCUUAAGGUUGGUGAUCCAUUCGACGCUGAAACUUUCCAAGGUGCUCAAACCUCUCAAACUCAAUUGGAUAAAAUUAUGAAGUACGUUGAAAUUGGUAAGAAGGAAGGUGCUACAUUGAUUACUGGUGGUGAAAGAAUUGGUGACAAGGGUUACUUCGUGAGACCAACCGUGUUCGCUGAUGUCGAAGAAAACAUGAGAAUUGUCAAGGAAGAAAUUUUCGGUCCAGUUGUCACAAUCACUAAAUUUAAGACCAUUGAUGAACUAGUUGAAAAGGCCAACGAUUCUGAAUAUGGUUUGGCUGCUGGUAUCCACACAACAAACAUCAAUACUGCCAUUCAAGUUUCUAACAGACUAAACGCUGGUACUGUAUGGAUCAACACUUACAAUGACUUCCAUCACUCUGUUCCAUUUGGUGGUUUCAAUGCUUCUGGUAUUGGUAGAGAAAUGGGUGCUGAAGCCUUGGACAACUACACUCAAGUCAAGGCUGUGCGUGUUAAGUUGGAAUAA